AUGGAAAACCUUUUAAUAUGCCUUAAAUACGCCGGAAUUUCAUGGCUGCUUUGCUGGAAAUGGGAGACGAUUUUGAGGCCGGAUUGUGUCCAAAAGGCGGCCAUUGCAAUGAAUCUGAAGUAUGCAAAGUCGAUGUACAAUCUGACGGGCGGAAUUUUCGUUGAUGAUGGUUUUGGGAGGCCGACACCACCAUUUGGCCAUUAUUCAUACCAGAACAAUACAGGAAGCACAACAAUUGUUGUUAUUGGCAACUCCUGGGCUACACAACAGUCCUACCUAAUUCGGAACCUUUUCCCGCCCGAGUCAACGAAAUCAUUUGACGUCUUUACGAUGCCUGCCUUGUGUGUUGUUUUGCACCCAGAAAAAGGAAAAACGCAAUUUGUCAUGGAGUUUUUACGAGAGAUACGGCCGGACUAUGUAUUUUUGCUACUACGGUACAACGAGCACGCCCACGAUUUGGAGCCCUUCCAAGGAGAUCAAGACAUGGUUUUGAAAAAUUAUUUGGAUGGAUUGCUGGAAGUUAGCAAGUACACAAACGCAAUUUUCCUGGAGGUCGACCAGCCGUUUAAAUGUGACCAUUCCACGGCUGACUAUCUUAAUCGUUUUGUCGAUUUGCUACAAAAAGGAGACGGGCUGGAAGGGGCGGACUUGCCCUUUAAUGAAACUGAAUUCCUGGAAUCGCCGGUGCAAAAAAGGCUAAAGAUCGUUUUUGAAAAAUGCCCAAAAUGCCAUCCGAUCGAUAUUUCGGAGGAGCUUAUUGAACGGCAACGUGGCAUGCUAAAAACCAAAUGCGCGGCUUCACCAGCGGCUCGUGACCGAUGC